AUGCCGCUGAGCCUCCGCCUGCCCCGUCUCUCCCGUUGCCUCCCCGAGCUGGGGGUGACCCCCCGAGCCCCCCCGGUGUCCCCCCCGAGUCCCGCCGCCGCCUCCCCACCCCGAGCCCCCCGGGGUUUGGCCGAGAUGCCGGGGCCCAGCCCCCCCGCUUUCCUCUACGACCUCCUGUGCCGGGGGGGGCUGCGGAGGCUGCACGAGCUGCAGCUGGAGGGUCGCGCCCGCUACGGGCCCGUGUGGAAGGCGAGUUUCGGGCCCAUCCUGACGGUGCACGUGGCCGAGGCCGGGCUGAUCGAGGAGGUGCUGAGGCAGGAGGGAGAAUUCCCCGUCCGCUCCCAUCUCUCCUCCUGGAAGGAUUAUCGGCUGCACCGCGGGCACGGCUGCGGGCUGCUGACGGCGGAGGGCGAGGAGUGGCAGCGGCUGCGGCGGCUGCUGGGGCGGCUCCUGCUGCGGCCACGGGCUGCCGCGGGCUUCGCGGGGCCGCUCUCGGGGGUCGUGGGCGACCUCGUGCGGCGGCUGCAGCGGCAGCGCGACCGCCACCCGCAGCAGCUCGUGCCCGACAUCGCCGCCGAGUUCUACAAGUUCGGGCUGGAAGGCAUCUCUGCCGUGCUCUUCUCGUCCCGCCUGGGCUGCCUGGAGCCCGAGGUGCCGGGGGACACCGAGACCUUCAUCCGCAGCAUCAACACCAUGUUCGUGCUGACGCUGCUGACCAUGGCCAUGCCCAAGGCCCUGCACCGCCUCUUCCCCCGGCCCUGGCAGAGCUUCUGCGACGCCUGGGACUACAUGUUUGCCUUUGCCAAAGGCCACGUGGAGCGGCGCGUGGCCGAAGUGGCCGAGCGCGGGGCGGCCGUGGGCACGUGUGUGACCGACCAGCUCAGCAGGGAGAAGGUGCCCAUGAAGAGCAUCCUGGGCAACGUCACUGAGCUGCUGCUGGCUGGGGUGGACACGAUCUCCAGCACCCUGUCCUGGAGCCUGUACGAGCUGUCUCGGCACCCCAGGGUGCAGGAGGCCCUGCACCAGGAGCUGGUGGCUGCGUUGGCCACUGACUGCAGCCCCUCGGCCACCGCCCUGGCCAAGGUGCCCCUGCUGAGGGCUGUGGUGAAGGAGACCCUGAGGCUCUACCCCGUCAUCCCCGCCAACGCCCGCGUCGUCCCCGACCGCGACAUCCACGUGGGCGACUACCUGGUACCCCGCCAGACCCUGGUCACCCUGUGUCACUACGCCGUGUCCCGUGACGGGCGCCUCUUCCCCGCGCCCGACUCCUUCGUCCCCGAGCGCUGGCUGCGCCGCGACGGCUCCCGACACCCCUUCGGCUCGUUGCCCUUCGGCCUCGGCAAGCGCAGCUGCGUGGGACGGCGCCUGGCCGAGCUGGAGAUGCACCUGGCGCUGGCACAGAUCUUGCUGCGCUUCGAGGUGCGGCCGGAGCCCGGCGCCGCGCGCGUGAGGCCGAUGACGCGCACGCUGCUGGUCCCCGACGCCACCAUCAACCUCCAGUUCCUCAGCAGAUGA